AAAUGUAACUAAAUAGUUGCAUGUGGAAUUACUAUAUAUAUGGCUACCUUGUAACAUUCAUACACACACUCAACUAAUUAGUUUCUAUAUAGUCAUCACUUCUUCAUAGCCAAUCAAUGGAGUUUGCACGUCUCUCUAUUUUAACUUUGUUUUGUUUAGCUUUUGUGGGAAUUAGUGCAUCACCACUGUCCGGUGAAGAUUAUUGGCAAUCUAUUUGGCCAAACACUCCUCUGCCUAAGAUUUUCUUAGAUCUACUUUUGCCUUAUGGAAGAACCAAUAGUCUACCUAUCAGAGCAGAAGAAAUGAAUCAAUAUUCAACACUCUUUUUCGAACAUGACCUUUAUCCUGGAAAGAAAAUGACCUUGGGUAAUAUUCAAUCUUUGGGAAAGAUGGUGCGACCAUUCAUAAAACCAACACAAGGUGUUACAGACUCCAUAUGGUUGGCAAAUAAAGAGAGACAAAGUCUUAAUGACUUUUGUUCAAGCCCAACUGCUACAGGAGAACACAAACAUUGUGUAUCAUCUUUGGAAUCAAUGAUUGAUCAUGUCAUUUCACAUUUUGGGACAACAAAGAUAAAGGCAAUUUCAAGUACCUUUGUCCAAAACCAAGACCAAUAUGUUGUUGAGGAAGUGAAAAAAGUUGGAGACAAUGCAGUGAUGUGUCAUAGAUUGAAUUUCGAAAAAGUUGUAUUCAAUUGCCACCAAGUGCAAUCAACAAUCGCUUAUGUGGUCUCAUUGGUAGCCCCUGAUGGAACUAAAGCUAAGGCUUUAACAGUUUGUCACCAUGAUACAAGAGGGAUGAACCCUGAGUUGCUUUAUGAAGCUCUUAAAGUUGAUCCUGGAACCAUCCCUAUUUGUCAUUUCAUUGGAAAUAAGGCUGCUGCAUGGGUGUCCAAUCAUUCUAAUGACCAUCUAUGUGUUAUUUAGGUGCUAACUUGUUGUGCACAUCAUUUCUCAUUCAAUAAUUUUACACUAAACAUGUGUUUGUAUGGAGAAACACGAUGUGCAAGUAUCAAAUCUCAUGUAUUUCAAAUAAAACUAGGUAGUUCUAUUCUAGUUAGAACUAUGGGUGUACUUUGGUAUGGUCGGUAGGCAACCUAGUUUCCUAUGAUCAAUACACCAGUGUACGUUUAAAAUCGAUAAUGAUAAAAAAAUGUUAUUUAAUGUAAUAUAUUGUUGAUA